CCUCCUAUGAACCUUUCGGAUAAACGGAAAUGUGAUCAGCUGCUCGCUGUCAGUUGCGAUCUCUUCUGUUUAUUUGGUAAGAAAAUAAAAAAAAAAUAAUUGUCUACAUAUUCAGACGUGAAAAGGUUUUGUUAAAAAUGGAUUUAAAGGCCGUUGUGAUCCCCGGCGAGGCUCCGGAGUCGGACGAUGAUUCUGUCAACGUAACCACGGGACUCGGAUUCCCAACAAAACCGACUCGCAAACCGUGUGGGAUAAUAAUAUCAGGCGAAGCACCAGAAUCUGAUGAUGAUGGUACAACAAGUUUGAGCAGCAUAAGCGGUGCGGUUGAGGCUACAGUUUGUCUUCCCUAUGCAGAGGCAAAGGUUCAUAAAUCAGGCAGACGUUCUUGCAAAUACAACAGCCUCCUCCACAAGAAAUUGAGAGAGUCUCAUCAGGCCCUUGAUAAGGAUUUAACAGAGACCUGUGACUCCAUAGUGAGUCGAGGAAUUCAGGAAUUGACUGCAACUAACAGACAGCUUCUAAGAAGUGAACUUACACUGCAAGAAGCUGCGAGUCAACUAAGAGAGGCAUCGAAUCGUUUAAAAAAAGCAGCAAAUUCUCUUUAUCAUAUUACAGAUGCUAACUUCUUUAACAGUAUUAUAAUAUAAACAAACUUCAGUUUUAGAAGUUGAAUUUGGUCCAAGGGUGAAUAAAACUGUUACAUUAAAUAA